CGCCACCGCCGAAGGGAUCUAUCCUACGGUCCUACCUCGCGCAGCGUCGCAACAGCUCACGGAGGUGGCUUUGCGGGCGCAAGAAGUAGCACCACCGCCGCCAGCGCCACCGCCCCUACUGUCGGCCGUCGCCGCUCCUACCGCCGAUUGCCGCCGCUCUUGGGGGCACGCAGAUCUCACGGGGGGCGCAGGUCUCACGGUGGGCACGCAGAUCUCACGGGGGCGGGGCUCCACCAAGGAAGGCGGCACUGCCGCCGGCCACCGCCGCUCCCGCGCGACCACCUUCUCUACGGCAAGGCCACAGAUCUGCGGGGAAGGCGCCACCGGCAAGCAGCCUGGGAGCAACGGCAACGGCGACGCCCCAUCCACGACUCUACGGAAUUACUUCGAUAAAUUGCUGCGUCCAGCUGUGGGGCUGCUCUGCUUGCACGUUGGGAGGGAGAAUCAAGGUGUAGGAUAGCGCAGGAAGGUUAAGAUUUCCCAAUCUCAUCUGAAGUUCUGAACCCUUGGUAAAUUGUUGAGAUUGAGCCAAGAUGUCUUCUCAUCGGUUAGAGGCCUCUGGUACUAGUGAGAGCACCAACAACAAUUCCUCGCAAACACCAAAUAGAAGGGCACCAGUCUGGGAGUAUUAUGAGCCGGAUUUGGUCGAGAUAGAUGGUGUCCUAAAAGCAAUUUGCAAGUACUGUGGAACAAAGUUGACUGCAAACAGAAAAUCAGGUACAAACAGCCUUCGAACUCACAUUGCGGAGCAUUGCCCCACAAUCCCUAGUGAUGAUAGGAACAAAUUUGUCGCUACAAUGAAGAAAAAGCAUGUAGAUGGUUCAUUCACCUUUAAUCAACAGAGAAGUCGUGACUUGAUGAUUGCAUGGUGUGUUAGAGCUGAUGUAGCAUUCAAUAAGUUUGAUGAUGAAGGGUUUGAGCCUUGGAUGGAGUCAUUGCAACCUGCAUUUAGAUGCAUAGGGCGACAAAUGAUUCGUAAUGAAUGUGUUGCUAAGUUUGAGAGAGCAAAGAUAGAAUUACGAAGUGAACUUCAGAGUCUUAACUCUCGCAUUUGCUUCACAUCUGAUCUUUGGACAUCAAACCAAAAGUUGGGAUAUAUUUGUGUGACAGCUCACUAUAUUGGCCCUGAUUUUGUUUUGAAGAAAAAGAUAAUUGCAUUUAAGGAUCUGAAGUAUCCACAUACGGGUGUAGCUAUUGAGGAAGCCAUUACAACUGUUCUGACAGAUUAUGGUAUCAAAGAGAAGAUGUUUACCAUCACACUCGACAAUGCAGCAAAUAACAAGGCAGCUUGUGAUCUUUUGCAAGAAAGCGGAAAGUCUGACAUGUUAUUUGGUGGUGAGCAUCUUCUUGUUAGAUGUUGUGCUCAUAUACUCAACAUUCUUGUCCAAGAUGGUAUGAACAUUGUUAGUGCUGUGAUAGAGUUGAUAAGAGACCUGAUUAGGCACAUUAACUCAUCACCAUCACGUAUCCAGGAUUUCAAUGAGAUAGCUCAAAGGGAAUGUCUUGCUGCAAAGGCUGGUUUAGUCCUUGGAAAAAAGAAGACUAGAACAAGAAUUUGCUGAAUAUAGGCAUCAGAGGAGAGGGACUUGGAUUGAAAAAUCAGAACUUGAUGCAUAUCUAGAUGAACCACCUGUGAGAACAGAUGAAAAUUUUGAAAUUCUGACUUGGUGGAAGACAAACUCCAACAAGUACCCUGUGCUGUCAGCGAUGGCACGCGAUUUCUUAGCAAUUCCACUCAGCACUGUUUCUUCUGAAUCAGCAUUUAGCUUGAGUGGUCGGAUUCUUAGUGACAAUCGAAGCUCAAUGACACCAGAAACUCUUGAAGCUUUGGUCUGUUGCAAAGAUUGGCUGUACAAGUAUCCCACUAAUG